UGCGCUCGAGCAGUGAACGUGGUAACAACAAACGCAGCAGCAGCAACAACAAAAUCAAAUCAAAACGUGAACAGCGUAACGAAAGUAGUCAACAAUAAAAUAAUAAUAGAAAAUCUGCAUUAAAUUGUUUUCGGCAAUUGUUUUAGCAAACAGUGAAAGAGACAGAAAGAGAGAGAGAGCGAGAGUGAGCGCAGACGUUUUGUUAUUCAAAUUGCAAUUAUCAAUGAGACGCCUUUUGUAGCGGUUAAUUAAAGUGCAAAAUAAUUUGGUAAAAUUGUUAAUCGUGUUUUUGCGCUUUCAUUUUGCUUUCAAUAGCAAAGAAAACUAAUGAAAAUUACCGCUAAGUGAAAUUGUUAUUGUUGAAAGCUGUACAAUUUGAACAACAAAAAAAAAAAAUAAUAAAUCAUAAAAAACACUCUAUUGUUACGGUAAAUUGUAAUUAACUGCUGUCUGGUCUGGCGUCUUCAGCUCAUUCAAUUUCGCAUUCAAUUUUUAUGGUCAAGUGCCUGGGCAAUUGUGCAACGCCAGCCACUUAACCUUAACUAUUAUUAUUUGGCAAUAAAACAUUUCGAUACAAGUGCGCCAAAAAAAUCAAAUAAUAAUACAAACACCACAUAAAACUAAUAAAAAAUCAAAAUCAAAGCGCACUUUUACCACAAACGAAAGCAAAACCUACGCGACUCGACUCAAGUGGCAAGCAACAGCGAAAAGACAAUAAAGAGACACAAGAAGUAGUGCAAAAUGGUUGAGAAAACAGAUAUGUCGAAAUUCGUUGGCGUUGCCGAUAUAACCGAGAACAAGAAAAUCUGGCGCAUGCUGCUCGGCGAGCUGGUGGGCACAUUUUUGUUGGUAUUCAUUGGCGUUGGCAGUACCGCGACCGGAAGUGCGUCAGUGCCACAGAUAGCGCUCACCUUUGGCUUAACGGUGGCCACACUAGCACAGGGCUUGGGUCACAUCAGUGGCUGCCACAUCAACCCGGCUGUCACCAUUGGCUUCCUCAUUGUUGGCGAGAUGAGCAUACUCAAGGCGGCCUUCUAUAUCAUCGUGCAGUGUGUGGGCGCCAUUGCGGGCGCUGCUGUCAUCCGCGUGGCCAUUGAUGGAAUUGCCAGCCCACUGCUGGGUGUUUCGCAGUCUGACGCCUCGUUGAAUGUGGGUCAGGUGGUGCUGAUUGAGGCAUUGAUCACUUUCAUUUUGGUGUUUGUGGUCAAGGCUGUCUCCGAUCCAGGACGCACGGACAUCAAGGGCUCGGCGCCACUCGCAGUGGGUCUGUCCAUUGCCGCUGGACAUUUGUGCGCUAUUAAGCUUAGCGGUGCCAGCAUGAAUCCAGCGCGCUCCUUUGGUCCUGCCGUAGUCCAGGGCAUGUGGACUGAUCACUGGGUCUACUGGGUUGGUCCCAUUGCGGGUGGUAUACUGGCCGCUCUUAUUUACAGGUUCGUCUUCAAGGUGCGCAAGGGCGAUGACGAGUCCGACUCGUAUGAUUUCUAAGCUACGGAGCAGCGCCAACUCUCUGCGCGUUUUAAAAUUCUUGUUGUUGCACCCUGUGUAUUCUAUGAACCACCAUUCACCACUGCACCACCCACGCAGCUUUUCACGUAGUUAAGCCCCAAUGCGAGCCGCACAAUUACGAAUUACGAAUUGUACAAUUUUUAUUUGUUGAAAAAUAAGAAUCGCCUUGUUUUAGUAUCUACAACUAACAAUUAAAAUAUUGCAUACAUGUAUAUCAAAAUACAUAUUAUUUUUAUAAGCUUAAGCUAAAGUUGCCUUAUUUUUACAAUAUUAUAUCUCGAAAUGUCAAACACCACCAUACACGUAAUUAAAUGCAAAUCUAUUUGCUAAAUAUUGUUAUUGUCUAAUGAAUAUUGAGCACAAGUGAAAAAUGUAAUUAAUAUUUGACAAGUUGUAUGUGUAAUAAAAAUU